AUGUUCGGAUCUACUUCUAAAAUAGUGCCCACUUGGGAAAAUAACAAGACAACUGAGCCUGGUGAUACAUUAUGAGAAAAAGGCCCAGAGGAUAGCAUAACCGCAAUAAGGUUUUCAAACAGCCCGAAUCUAGAGACAGAUUCUCAGUUUAUUUCAUGCUCUUCUUGGGACGAGACUGUAAAAAUAUGGGAAAUCAGCAGUCCUUUCGGAAAAAGCGUCAACUCCAGCUUAAAAGGAAGUACUUCAAUGGAUGCAUCUGUGUUGAGUCAUUGUUGGUCACCAGACAAUACAGUACUCUUUGGAGCAUGUGUAGAUAGUCAAGUCAAGAUGUGGGAUAUUGGGAAAGAUUCGAUUCAGCAGGUUGGAGUUCACGAUUCUUGUGUCAAAGAUAUUUGCUUUUGAGAGAAAAAUAAUCUGAUAAUUUCUACUGGGUGGGAUGGUCAUAUGAAGUUCUGGGAUUUGAGAUCAAGCACUCCAGUAUUUGACAUCUCGGUUGAGCCAGCGAAGAUUUGGUCGUUCUCUUAUUGAUAUCCAUUGAUGGUAGGAUUGUUAAGCGACAAUACCAUCUUUGUUUUUGACAUUGAUAAAAUUACUAAGAAGGCAGUAACCUGACCUGACAAAAUAUCUGAAAGCCCUCUUAAAUACCAAAACAGAUGAGUAGAGGUUUUUCCAGAUGCAAAAGGGUAUAUAGUAUCAUCAAUAGCAGGUAGAUGAGGAGUAGUCAAUAUUGAUUUCAAUAACUUAGAUGCCACAUCAAAUUCUGAUUUUAAGUUCAAAUGCCAUAGAGUUAAUUCGAAUAAUAACGAUGCUUAUGCAGUUCACCAAAUUUCAUUCAACAAGAAGUAUAGCACUUUUGCUACUUGUGGAGGAGAUGGAAACUACUUCAUUUGGGAUAAAAAGAAUAAGAAAAGACUCAAAACAACAAGAGGAUGUGACGCCCCAAUUACAGCAUGCAAGAUGAACGACAAUGCAUCAAUGGUAGCUUACAGCUUUGGAUACGACUGGUCAAAGGGCUACAACACCAGCACACCACCCCCAGUCGGCCUAUUCAUCCACCCAACCACUGAAAAUGAAAUCAAGGGCUAAACCCUUACCAUCAGAAAAUAUCAAAAA